AUAGCCUUUAAUAAAGAUAAACACCAGACAGAACGUUGAUAAAUGCAAAUUGAAAAUUCUGAUAAAAAACAUCAUAAAUGUUGUUUAAAUUUUCUCGAAAAUUCAUUUCUUCAAUUUUACCAGCUAACACAGGUGUACAUUUGAGUAGAUUGUUGCUUCGCCAUUUUUGCAGCUCAUCAAUCAACAUCAUGGAGCAAAACAUUGAAGGCUUCAAGUAUACUGGUAAAGACUGGAAGGUGACUGGCCAGAUGAAGGCUCAUUUUGAUGAGUUUGGCUACAUGAUUAUCAGAGGUCUCCUUACAAAUGCUGAGACUCUAAAGCUCAAGGAGUUCCUUGAUAAAGACAAGGGAAUGGUUGAUUAUAAGAUGGAUAGGGAUGAUGGGGAAGGGCGUGCUGUGGGGAUCACUGUGUGGAACCAUCCCAGUGAUGAUAUAUUGGGGGUUGUAGCCCGCACGGAACGUGUAGCAGGCACUUGGGAAAAGUUGCUUGGAGGGGAAGUUUAUCACUAUCAUUCGAAACUCAUUGCGAAAGAUGCCUUCACAGGAGGUGCAUUUGUUUGGCACCAGGAUUAUGGUUACUGGUACAACAAUGGGUGUAUCUUUCCUAAUCUAGGUACAACAUGGACAGCUAUUGAUAGAGCAGACAGGAAAAAUGGAUGUCUAAAGAUCAUCCCAAUGAGCCACAAAAUAGGACGCAUAGACCACAUUAGAGUUGGAAAACAAGCAGGGGCAGACACCGCCCGUGUAGAAGAGAUAGAAAAAGUGUGUCCUAUCAUCCAACCAGAGUUGGACCCCGGAGAUGCCCUGUUCUUCCACUGUAACAUUCUACAUAGGAGCGACCAGAACAAUAGUCCAAACAGACGCUGGGGCUACCUGUGUUGUUACAAUAGGGCUAAUAAUACCCCAUAUAAAGAGAACUCACCACACCCUGUGUAUACUAAACUAGACAAGCUGCCAAACUCAGCGAUCAUGGAUUGUGAUGUCACUGAUUUAGCUGCCAACAAAGAGGUAGCUGCCAAAAGAGACUACUACAUUGCAACACCCGAAAACUCAGCAUAUUUGCAGGUCCCUGAGAAAAUGGAGUAACUUUGAAUAAAAGACACUAACAUUAUAGAUAUUAUGAAAGUAUAACCUCUGGUACAUUUGGUUUAUUCUAAAUAAAUCCAGGUUUUGGCAUAAUACAUCAAAUGAAAAUAAAU